CUUUAACUUAUCAGGCUGAGUUGAAUUAUUACUUUCUGAGCUUCUUGGUUGUUUCAAAACAUUUCCGUUGCUAAACCAAAUUCUGAUCCAAUGGAGAAUAACACUAAAUCAAGAGCACUCCACACAAUGGCAGUGCUCCAGGUAUUCCAAGCUAAGCUUCUCAGACAAAUGGACGAGCAAGGCUUUGAUCCAGAGACUUUCAAAGAGCUACGGACCGCUACAGACCUAGCGCUGCACGCCACGAAAGUCAUGACGCAGGCUAUCGGCAAGUCCAUGGGCAACCUGGUCGUUCUAGAGUGGCAUAAAUGGCUGACCCUCAUGGAGAUGAGUGACAGAGAGAAAGCAUCUCUGUUGAAUGCACCAGUGUCUCCAGCCGGCCUCUUUGGUGGUGCAGUGAGUAUGUUUGCUGAGCGUUACACCGCGACUCAGCAGCAGUUACAAGCUAUAAAACAUUUUAUGCUCAAACGGAGCAUAGCAUAUACGGCUCGCCCCCACUCUGUCUCAAGCCAGCACCCGGCUAAAAGACCCAUACCUGCUAACUCAGCGCCAGCACCUGCCCCCGCCAAGCCACCGGUGGCCCAGACGGAAGCAGCCGUACCAGCACCCACCUCGUGCCGACGGGAGGCACCCCUGCGCCCUGACGGGCACAACACUUUGAAGCGGAAAACAGAGCCCGUGGUUCCCUCCGGUGCUCCAAAGAAGGCUUGA